CCGAUUCCUGGAACCUCCGUUAGUCCAAACUGAACUGAGCUGUUUUCUGUCCCGCAGUUUACUGAAUAAAGAGCUUCACUCCGCUUCAGUCUCACACUCUCACUCGGAUGUUUGUUAUUCCUUUAUUUUUUUAUGACAACAACAAAUCUUGUAUUAGAAGAAAUGCUUUCUUCUUCGCUAUAGUCGACUGAGACACUUCAUUAUUCACUGUGAGAAACUGCUGAAUUAUUAUUUCCCUGGGCUGUUUUUAUUUUUCAAGCUGGUCGCGAUCCCUAUGAUUUCUUUUUUCAAUAUCAGGGCUGCCGUCAGUCAGAAAUGGUUGCCCGGGCUGUAGCUGUUUCCCAUCACGAGGAGCACAGAGGUUCAUGCUGUCCACAUCCCUCUCCUCCACCCUGGGAGCCAGCAGAGGACCUGCGCUGCAUCGCCACCACCUUCCAGUAUCUACAGACCUCAGGCUGGUACUGGGGUUCCAUCUCCGCGGUUGAAGCUCGCGAAGCUCUCUUAAAACAGACUGAAGGCACAUUUCUGAUGCGGGACAGCAGUCAUCCUCAGUACAUGCUGGCCCUGUCAGUGAAGACCCGCUGUGGACCUACCAGUGUGCGCAUAGAGUACAGCAGGGGCUCUUUCAGGCUAGACUCUAUUUCCCCCAGCCUGCUUCACCUGCAGUCCUUCCCAGAUGUUCUCAGCCUCAUACAGCACUACAUGGGCUCAGGCGACACGCCGCAGGGCCAGGCAUCUAAGGACAUCCAUCCAAAAACAAAGCCCGACCCUGCCAAGCACGCAGUUAAGGACAGCGGCAUGCCUCUGAAGCUGAUACACCCCCUGCACAAACCAGAGGCCUUCCCUUCAUUGCAGCACCUGACGCGCCUCACAGUCAACAGAUUCACCGACUCCCCCGACCAGCUGCCACUCCCAAAGCCUCUGCUGCGCUACAUGCAGGACUACCCCUUCCACAUAUGAGGGUCCCUGUCCCUCGGGUACAGGACACAGAGACAGGAACGUGGGUCAGGGUCACACUCCAUGAGCACACACUGUGAAUCUGGGACAGUUGGACACAGCAGGCAACAGACAGCAGCCCAGAGGGAUAAAAACUGAAAUACUUCAUGUACAAUAAACCUCAGUGUGACCUCACUGCCCAUGAAUAAGCUCAGUCUUGCUACAGCACUACUGUUGUUCUCCAAAAAAAACAUUGUUAUUGUUUUUAUAUGUUUACACUACUGUACAUUAUUUUAGUUCUACAAUGCCCUAUGUGAGUUUUUUUCCCCCUUCAUUGGCUCCAUUUUCCACCAGUAAGAAGAGUCAUAUGGAUUUGUUUGCACGUUUUAGACCAGUGGUCCCAAAGACAACCCAAACUUAUCAAUAAUAAAUCUGUAAAAAGAGCAGCUAUUGUUUGCUUUGUUGUUCCAGCAGAGAUAACAUUAGAAAUACUUUGGAUUUUCAUUUUUUUCAUCUCUGUUUUUGUUUAUUCUGGAGCUCAUUGUGAGGGUGCCAAAGGACCUGAGGUUUGUGUUGAGUGCUGGACAAAGCAAUGUUUAUUCACUCUUUAUGAAAUCAAUGAACCUGAUGAACCAUGGCCAAGCCAACAGUAAUCUCACGUGACGCUUGCAACCGUUGGGCACCAUUACAGUUAUCACAAAUCUCUUAAAGGUGUAUUUGCAUCCUUUUUUUUUGUUUGUUUAGCUUUUUUUGUGUGUGCUGUGGCUCUCUUGAUACAGCAUGUUUUGAUCAUUAUUUUGCACAAGAGGUUCUCUCCCUGCUGAGUGUCACUGUAAUAUCUCCCUUCUGCAUGCCUGGGUUUUAUUGGUCAAAUCCAAUCACAGUAUAAUUAGGAAUUUAAAUAGUUGAGGGUACGUUGAUAUGGCAUGUUGUUACCAAUAUUAUGAAUGUGAAAGGAUUAGGGUCAGGCUGAUACUACAUGACAUGAAUACUGGAGCGCCAGUGGUGGUUGACAAGUCAGUUUAAAAGAUAAAAUAAAAGACAGCGUACAAUGUGUAUUUAGUAUUUGUUUUAUGUGAAGAAUCAUUUUCUAAAUCAUCUUCCUUUUGAAGAGGUAAAACACACACACAAUUAUUACCAGGCACGGAUACCAGUGGCUGUUCUUGGAAAACUGUUGUUAGCUAUUAAAAGACAUAUGUUUACAACUGGUUUCAUUCUCAGAAGAGGAUCAUAUUUUCAGCGAAAUAAACCUCAGACCUUUUCUGUU